GCCAAUACCCAUAAUGUCUAACCGGCAGUACCCGAUUAAACCAAUCUGCAAGCCACCGCAAAUAUAUUCGUAAAAGUGCAGUUCAUCGGGUUCUUUGGCGUACUCCGAACUUAGUCUAUACCUUACAAGCACGUCCUCAUGAUGCGUCGAGGGUUACAUCACACGGUUACGUAUCCCUGUCCGCUUACCUCUUAGCUCAGGUGUCAGUUUUCCCAGACCUUGGCCUAGAUAACCUUCCUAUCCCAGCUUUCUUCUACGUAAGUAGCCAAUGACCGACUUUCUAUACCCGGAGAAUUAUAUUAUAGGAAUUAUAGAUAUGGGUAGGUCGCUAUACUAUUAUAUAUUACAUGGCUUGCUGUCGAUUACGUUUGUCCCAUCACGGGCAACACACCGUUCCGUUUAGAAGUAGGUCAUGCGGUCUUUGUACAUAGACGUUUGUGGCAGAUAGGCGAACGCUCGUGCUCAAACGAAGCGCAACCCGCGCACGGGUAGAUAAAAUAGUUACGAUCUAGACUCCGAGCGGUAGUUAUUCUGAAAUGCGUAUAUUUCAUCUCGUAGUACCUCCAGCAUGUCUCCUUGACCUUUCUAUUCUCUUCUUUCUCUUCUUGGUCGUAACGUCCUAAACUUGGUUCAUGAUGAGGGUAUCUUGGCUUUUCGUAACAAUAUGCGCCGGCGUCUUCACCUCGGCUCUCGGACGGUACGUAGGAAGACGAGCAGAUGUGCCGACUGUGGAUCUGGGAUACGAGAUUCACCAAGGUUCUGUUAAUACCACUGGCGACUACUACAUCUUUAGGAAUAUCCCAUACGCACAGCAACCGGUCGGCGAUUUGCGUUUUAGGAAGCCUGUCGCAAUAAAGGAUUCAGGCCAGGAGAUCAACAAUGGAACUGCCGACGGAGAUGCUGUUGUCAUGUGCCCACAGGCAUACCCACAAUGGGCUAUCAAUCUAAUGGCGGAACGCGGUGGAGUCAGCAACGAUGCGAUGGCAGAUUUACUCAACAAUCAAGCUGGGCAGACAGAGGCUUGUCUAGUGCUUGAUGUCUAUGUGCCAAUUGAAAUUUUCAAUGAUGGUCCAGCUGCCGACGCUUCGGUCCUGGUAUGGGUCCAUGGGGGUGGCUUCACAUUCGGAUCCAAGACCCUUUAUGGGAACCCAGCCGGCAUCAUAGCUAGGUCGCGACGUGACGGGGAGCAGGGUAUCAUCGUGAUAGCAAUCAAUUACCGUCUAGGCAUGUUCGGCUGGUUAUCCGGCAAUGACACCACGCCGAACCUAGGAUUAUAUGAUCAACGCCUCGCGUUCGAAUGGGUUCAGGAGUACAUCGCGUUGUUCGGUGGUAACGCGGAGAAAGUAACGGCCAUGGGCGAAAGCGCAGGCGCUUCGAGCAUCGUCCACCAUAUCACCGCAUACGGCGGGGAACAACCGGCCCCAUUCAAGUCGGCAAUCCCGCAGUCCCCCGCGUUCCAAUUUAAUAUCAACUUCACCGAGAAUUACGAUAAGACUCUGGCAGAAGCGACAAGGCAGGCUAAUACAGCUAUUGAUAGCGUGAAGGAUCUGAGCAAGUUAUCGACUGACUUGCUUCGUACCAUCAACCAAGCAACCGUGACGACGGCGCCGACUGGAACCUUCGGUUUCGGACCCGGACCUGACGGCACAUAUGUGGUAGCCAUACCGCAGGUACAGCUAUAUCAAGGCAAAUUCGACUUAGCCGUAGAUGUAAGCAGCAGUCUUCCUUUCUCUUACCUCACAAGUUUAAGCAACGCGACCGAACUAACAUCGCACUAUCAGCUCCUCAUAAGCCACACAGCCAACGAGUCCGUCUCUUUCACACCGUCCAAUAUCCUCACCUCCGCCGACGUAGAAUCCUAUGUCCGCACCAGUCUCCCUGAAGCCUCCGACGACACCAUACACACGCUUCUCACAGACCCAACAUUAUACCCAGACAUCCUAGGCAGCGCCGACUACCCAUGGACAACCGAAUUCGAGCGAGCCGCGCGUCUAAGUUCGGAUAUCGGAUUUGCGUGUACGGCGCGGUAUCUAUCACUCGCACGCGAUAACGAAACUUUCGAUUACCUAUUCGCGUACCCGCCGGGUUGGCACGCGGACGAUGUACCGUACGUAUUUUACGACGGCGACAUGACGACGUUGGAUGAUGGGUAUCCAGUGAACGCGGCGCUAGCGUAUCAAUUACAAGAUUACAUCGUCGCGUUUGCGCGAGAGGGGGAUCCGAAUAUAGGACUUGAAGGUACGGCUGUGGAAUUCCCGGUGUAUGGACCAAAGGCGAGGAUAUUGGAGUUGGGAUCUGAUGGCGUCAAAGAAAGGGGCGAUGACUUGAGUGCCGUGAGAUGCGAGUGGAUACAAAAAGCUAUGGUUGAUGGAAAGUUGUGAGCGUAGUUUUUGAAUACCUAUAAUCAUAUUAUUUUAUUACGAUGGCUGGGAAGAAAGACGACGAGAUCCAUGUCAACUUCAAGAGGACUACCUCUCUUGAUGAAUUCAAUAUGAUACUUACAUAUUAGCGUUAACUAUUCUUCUAUAC